CAGACGUUACGUUGACUAUAAUGGCACGUACUAAGCAGACUGCUCGCAAAUCGACAGGAGGAAAGGCUCCUCGCAAACAGCUCGCUACUAAAGCCGCAAGAAAGAGCGCUCCAGCUACCGGCGGCGUGAAGAAGCCUCAUCGUUAUAGGCCCGGUACUGUGGCUCUUCGCGAGAUCCGUCGUUAUCAAAAAAGUACGGAAUUGUUGAUCCGUAAAUUACCAUUCCAACGACUCGUUCGCGAGAUCGCUCAAGAUUUUAAGACUGAUUUACGUUUCCAAAGUUCUGCUGUAAUGGCUCUUCAAGAGGCUAGCGAAGCAUAUCUCGUAGGAUUGUUUGAAGAUACCAACUUGUGCGCUAUUCAUGCUAAGCGAGUCACUAUCAUGCCUAAAGAUAUCCAAUUGGCACGUCGCAUUCGUGGCGAACGAGCUUAAACAAAACUAAUAAACAAUCGGCCCUUUUCAGGGCCAACAAUUUUUCUUCGAAAGAAUAUCUUCUUAUUAGCAAUGCAUUUAUUUCUUAAUAUGAGUGUAUAGCUAGAUCAUAUAUAUUAAAAUAGUAUAGAUCUAUAGAUUAUAUAUAUGAGUAGUUUAUUCUUAAUUCCAAAAUACACUUUUGAAUUUAUCAUUUUUAAAAUAAUAUAACUUAUCAUUUAUGCUUAUAUCAUCCUAACUUAAUAUUUUUUCAGUUGCGUUGAAUUUAUUACAGCGAAUGAGUCUUAAAUUUAAUCCAAGCCUUUUUAUAGUUUGUAUAAUGUAGAAAG